UGCAGUCUACUCCAGCCUCACCGCCUCAGGUCGGUCCUACACGGUCCCGUUCUGCCUGGUGCCUGCAACCUGCCUUUUCUUCUUCCGUCGCCACCCAGCGUGCUCUCUCUCCCUCUUUCUCUCUCUCUCGUGGCGGCGCCUGGGCAGCCGUCGCUGCCGCCUGCGCUAGGUGCCAGGUCUUCUUCGGGCCCUUCGCCGGCGACGAGUACCACCAGGUUGUACAUGUAUACACCCAUGUGCUUUACUGGGUCGGACCCUACUCAUCCUCCACACUAAGGCCAUCUCCAUAGACUGCACUGUUUAGACUCCACUGUUUAGAGAGUGGAGAUAGGGAGUGAGAUAGAGAGUGGAAUAGGGAGGAUGCUGGAGAUAGCCUAAGGUUGCCACUGAGUGUGUGCAUGAUUCAGAGGCAAUGUCAUCACAAACUGGAGGUGGCAAAGAGAGUGACGCCGGCCCUGGGCAACACAGGCAGAUGCAAAGUUUGGCAAGACAAGGGUCUUUAUACAACCUUACCCUCGAUGAGGUGCAGAACCAUUUGGGGGAGCCAUUGCUUAGCAUGAAUUUUGAUGAGCUCCUGAAGAGCGUGUUUCCUGAUGGUGUAGAUUCAGAUGGUGCUGUCACAGGCAAGCCUGAUCGGACCUCGAGCCUGCAGCGACAGGGGAGCAUCCUGAUGCCUCCGCAGUUGAGCAAGAAGACUGUUGACGAGGUGUGGAAGGGCAUCCAGGGUGGACCAGAGACCAGUACUGUGGUGGAUGGUCUGCAGAGGCGAGAGAGGCAUCCAACACUUGGGGAGAUGACACUUGAGGACUUCUUGGUCAAAGCUGGGGUUGUUACUGAAGGACUUGUGAAGGAUUCAGCUGAUUUUCCAAGCAAUAUGGAUACAGCUGGCAGCAGUGUUGUUGUGGCUGCUGCUUCUAGUUUGAACCCUGGAGCACAGUGGUUGCAACAGUACCAGCAGCAAGUUUUGGGGUCCCAGCAAUUGAGUUUGGCAGGUUCAUACAUGGCUAGUCAGUUGCGCCCUCAGCCAUUGUCUAUUGCUACAGGUGCUACUUUGGAUUCAAUUUACUCUGAUGACCAGAUUACUUCGCCAUCAUUUGGUGCACUUUCGGACCCUCAGACACCUGGGCGCAAGCGUGGUGCCUUAGGGGAGGUAGUGGAUAAGGUGGUUGAAAGAAGGCAGAAGAGGAUGAUAAAGAAUAGGGAAUCAGCUGCGCGAUCAAGAGCGAGAAAGCAGGCUUAUACUAAUGAACUUGAAAACAAGGUAUUCCGUCUAGAAGAGGAGAAUAAGAGGCUAAAGAAACAGCAGGAGUUGGAUGAGAUACUGAGCUCUGCUCCUCCCCCAGAACCCAAAUAUCAACUCAGGAGAACGGGUUCGGCUGCCUUUUGAGUUUCGGCGCUGACAAUGCUCAUAGUGAUUUUUGUACAUUAUACAAGGAUUCUACUUUAUAUGGUUUCCUUCCUUUUGUAUUAGAAACAUUUGAUAGAUUGAGGGUAUAGCUUUUUCCCGGCCCGGUAGGUCAGUGUAUGUAGGUCGCUAGCAAGCUGUAGCAUGUCCUGGCGGAUCAUUUCCUUGGUGUCUGUCAGUGUGUACAUCUUCUAGACACAUGUCUAAGUCUGAGAGCUUCCUUAUACGAGAAGGUAUUCAGGU